CGCUCCAGCGCGCUCGCCGGCCGCCAGCGCCGCCGCCGCGGUUGCCGCGCGCCGCCUGCACCACACCACCCUCUACAGCGUCUACAGCGCCGACAACAUAACGCACGCUAUUACACGUCUCACGUCUACCGGAAUGUAAAUAUUUAUGGAUGUCAGUUUUCAGUUGUUUAGAUUGGCUGUGAAUUUUAAGGUGAAAAUGAAAUCGACAAGGCGUGUUCGGGUACAUGAAGAUGCUAUACGCCAUAGUGAGUGUAAGAGUGGCGGCGACCGGCUGGCGACGCCGCGGAUGUCGCUACUUGGCAAACCGCUCAGCUACCGCGCCACGCGACGCGACGCGCGUUACCGCCGCCUUCAGUCCAAGUUCUACAAUUUCCUUGAACGGCCUAGAGGUGUUAAAGCUGUCCUUUAUCAUAUGAUCGUAUUUCUGAUGGUGUUCAUGUGUUUAUCGCUGUCAGUUUUCUCAACAAUUGAAGAAUACGAAGCAAAAGCAGGAAUUGUCCUUUUCUACAUGGAGACAGUAGUUGUAAUUUGGUUCGCUAUCGAAUUCUUUUUAAGGUUAUGGUCGUCAGGAUGCAGAUCCCGGUAUCAAGGCUCAAUAGGUCGCCUCAAAUUUUUGAGGCGACCGUUUUGUAUUAUAGAUGUAACCACAAUAUUGGCAUCGGUAGUGGUGCUGGGUAUGGGGUCAUCGGGGCAGGUGUUCGCCGCGUCUGCACUGCGUGGACUGCGAUUCUUCCAAAUCUUGCGCAUGGUGCGCAUGGACCGACGCGGCGGCACUUGGAAACUCCUCGGCUCCGUAGUGUACGCACAUCGGCAGGAAUUAAUAACUACGUUAUACAUUGGAUUCCUUGGGCUGAUAUUCGCCUCAUUUUUGGUAUACUUAGCUGAGAAAGACGUUGCGGACACAAAAUUCAAAAAUUUUGCCGAGGCGUUGUGGUGGGGUGUGAUCACGCUGUGCACGGUGGGGUACGGCGACAUGGUGCCGCAGACCUGGCAGGGCAAGUUCAUAGCCUCCUUCUGCGCCCUGCUCGGGAUCUCUUUCUUCGCGCUGCCCGCCGGAAUACUGGGCUCUGGUUUUGCGCUCAAAGUUCAACAACAACAACGUCAGAAACAUAUGAUUCGGCGACGUCAGCCAGCUGCAACACUUAUCCAGGCGCUAUGGCGGUGCUAUGCCGCCGACGAGCACUCCAUGAGUGUGGCCACUUGGAAAAUACACCAAGUACCUCUUCCCAGUCCGCAAGCCAGUCGAGUGAUGAGUGCGUCGUUCAAGAACAAUGCAUCCUUUGUGUCGCGCCUGCCGACUAUCCGCCGCCACAAGAGUACGUCCCUGCACUCUCCAGCGCCGCACUCCAAGCCCGCGCACAGAUACGAUGUCAAUGCCAGCGCGGAAAAUCUUGGCGCGACUGCGGCUCGGCCGGCGCGCGCGCCGCCUGUCCAACCGGCACACAGCGAGGACUCGGUCGCAGAGACACCGCUCUCCAAGAAAAACUCUGAUGAUGAAGACGAGGAGCCGCGCUGUGUCACUUUGACGUCGCGCCACAAAGCCGCCAUACGAUUUAUAAGAAAGAUGAAGUAUUUUGUGGCCCGACGUAAGUUUAAAGAAGCGCUAAAGCCUUACGACGUCAAGGACGUUAUUGAACAGUAUUCCGCGGGCCACGUGGACCUGCUGGGCCGGGUGAAAAACGUCCAGACUAGGUUAGACCAAAUACUUGGAAAACAAGGAUCUAAAGCUAAAGAUGUCUAUGCAUCGAAAAUCAGCCUAGCUUCCAGAGUAGUUAAAAUUGAAAGACAAGUAGAUGAUAUAGAAAGUAAGUUGGAUCAUUUAUUAGAAAUGUAUAAGGAGGACAGAGGGGUGCCUCGGAGACUUGUGGGCAGUAGUACGAAUGGAGGAGGAGAGGGCGGUCCGUCCGGAGAGGGGGGACUGUUAUUGAGGAACAGGCCGGCGCUGACAGACAAGCAGUGUUCAGAGCCCAACUCGCCGGUGUCACGCACCUUCGAGCCGCCUCCGACCACGGCUGCGCCGCUCGUCCCCUACAAACGGCCUAUGAACCGAGGGUAUUCAGACCUAGGUAGCAGAUUUAUGAAAAAAAAAGUUAUCGUGAAGACAGCAAGUUCAAGUCGCAACGGUGAUUCCCCUAGAGACGAUGAAGUAGUUAUCGUAGUGCCGGACCGUGAGGUCACACCACCCCGGCUCGUCACCGACAGCUCAGAAGUUUGCGCCAGUUGUUCGGCCGGCGCGGAAACAGAACCUCGGUCGGUGAGCUCGGGAUCUGCAUCCUGGUGCGAGGGUGACGCUGCGGAGGAACGUGGUUACGGUUCCGGAGACUCUCUAGCAGAAGACGCCGCACUGCUCGGCGACGCGGCACAAGCUUCGCAACCCCGCAUGAUGCGCAACCAACGGCGGGAUGUGGCUGUCGACCUCCACCUCUUACGACCAGAUGUCUGAGACUUACUAUUCAGUAUUUUCAUCUUGAUGAAAAAAGGCUUUCCACUAAUUACCUACUUACCACCAUUAUGAUUGUAAAUAUACCGUCGCACAAUAUUGACUUGACACUGCGCUGUCCAUUCACUUAUUUUCCUUAUUAAUAGGUGCUUGUAAUGAGAAAAUGAGCAAUCAUAGUUUAGGUAAAACGAGUAGAUAGUUUAUAAGGCGUCUUGUGCAACUCCAAUAAAUAAAAUAUACAACGAGUUGAUGUUGUGAUAAUCACUUCCACUCGAUUACGUAUAAAGACCAAGGGCUCGUGAGCCGAGUACGUAGGUACCUAAUGUUUAUUAUUACGCUUACAUUGUUUAAUUAAUUAU